GCGCUGUUUCCGCCUUGUUGCACUUCCAGUGUGCUGCGAGCGCAAAGCAUUAUUUAGGGGCCAUUUGUUGAAAUCAGUAAUAUUUAAUUUGUCUUAUCAGUAACCGUUGAUGGUAAUCGUUUCGGUGUGACGCCGACACAUCAUGGAUGUCCCUAAUCCACCUGAAGAUCAGGAGUUGAGGAAUGUGAUUGACAAGUUGGCCCAGUUUGUGGCUCGAAAUGGACCUGAGUUCGAGAAGAUGACCAUGGAAAAACAGAAAGACAACCCCAAGUUCUCCUUUCUCUUUGGAGGAGAAUACUUCAGCUACUACAAGUGCAAGCUAACAAUGGAGCAGCAGCCACAUUUGUACAUCCCCACUGCGAAAGACAUGGGGGAUAUCCCGCCUCCUCCAAUCCAGAUGGUGACUCCGCCUCCAGUCGCUCCACCUGCUGCUGUUGCUGCUGCUGCUGUUGCCGCUCCUGUUGAUGAGCUCAUCCAGCAGAGCCAGUGGAAUCUGCAGCAACAGGAGCAGCACCUUCACACACUCAGACAGGAACAAGUGACUGCUGCCAUUGCCUUGGCCAUGGAGCAGCAGAACCAGAAGCUUCUGCUGGAAACUCAGUUGGACAUCACAGAGUUUGACAACCUCCUGCAGCCGAUCAUCGACACCUGCACCAAAGACGCCAUCUCUGCUGGGAAGAACUGGAUGUUCAACAACGCCAAGUCUCCACAGCACUGUGAACUGAUGGCAUCGCAUCUUCGCAACCGCAUCGCUGCGGAUGAGGCACAUUUCGAGCUCCGCCUACACCUCAUCUACUUAACCAAUGACGUCCUCCAUCACUGCCAGCGGAAGCAGCAGAAGGAUUUGUUGAUGGCGCUGCAGAAAGUUGUUGUGCCUAUCUAUUGUACCAGCUUUCUGGCUGUAGAGGAGGAGAAGCAGCAGAAGAUCACCAGGUUGUUGCAGCUCUGGGAGAAGAAUGGCUACUUUGAUGAGGAGACCAUUCAGCAGCUGCAGAACCCAGCACUGGGCCUUGGCCAGUACCAGGCCUCCCUGAUAACAGAGUACGCUACAGUGGUGCAGCCCAUCCAGCUGGCCUUCCAGCAGCAGAUCCAGGCUUUGAAGACCCAACACGAAGAGUUUGUCACGAGUCUGCAGCAGCAGUCCCAGCCUGCUCUUGUGGGUCAGGUGGGAACCCCAGCUGACUCUGAAAAAGUCCCACCCAUGACCACCCCAGCUGGAGAAGGGAAACCUCCUGUGACCGGUCCUACUUCAGGAGACUUUGAUGGAUCUGCAGCUAGACCGCAGGACCCAAAAAACCCCAGUGGACCGUCAGAAAUCCCCACUAACAAGCCUGCAUGGUUUGAACCCCAGCAUGUGGGACCCUGGAACCCCAACCAGCCGCCUCCCUUUGACCCCAAACAACCUCCCCCUCCUUGCCCUCCGUGGAACAGCCAUGAGGGUAUGUGGAACGAACAGAGGGAACCAGGAAACUGGAGCGGAGGCCCUCCAAGAGAAGGAGGUUCCUGGAGUGGUCCAGGAGGGACUGACCCUGGCCCUCCAUCAUGGAACUCCUUUGACCAGCAGCCUCCUUGGGGCAACCAGCCAGACCAGGCUCCUUGGAGUCAUAGGGAUCCCCCGUUUCCUCCUUGCAUGCAGAGACCUCCCCAUUUCAGAGGACCCUUUCCUCCCCACCAGCAGCCACCUCCUUUCAAUCAGCCUCCCCCGCCCCCACACAAUUUUGGACGUUUCCCCCCGCGCUUUAUGCAAGACGACUUCCCUUCCAGACACCACUAUGAAAGACCACCGUACACCCCGCAUCGCUUUGACUUUCCUCAAGGAGGGGAGUUUCCUGGAGACAUGCCAGGUCCUCCUCCUCCUCCUCCUCCUCCUCCACCCCACCACCACCACCACCCUCCCGCUCAGAGGCUUCCUCCACCAGUUAUGGGAGCUGAUCAUGUGCCCUGGGCUGGAGGCCAGCGCCCAGACUUGGGCCCGCCUCCACCUGGUUUCAAUGGCCAUUCACCUCACAUACGUCAACGGCAGCAGCCGGUUCAGGAUGACCCAAGUCUGGUUCCCAACGUGCCCUACUUUGAUCUGCCUGCAGGACUCAUGGCUCCACUGGUCAAACUUGAGGACUGUGAUUAUAAAUCUUUGGACCCUAAGGACAUCAGGCUGCCCCCUCCUAUGCCCCCCAGUGAUCGUCUGUUGGCAGCUGUGGAGGCUUUCUACAGCCCUCCUUCUCAUGAUCGACCCAGAAACAGUGAAGGUUGGGAGCAGAAUGGUCUGUACGAGUUCUUCAGGGCCAAGAUGAGAGCCAGAAGGAAAAAGGAGCAGGAGAAGCGCAACAGCGGCCUUGGAGACACUUGCUCCAGGAGUCGCUCUCGCAGCCGAGGAAGAUCGUCGUCUCGCUCCAGUUCUCACUCCUCAAAGUCCUCCAGGUCAAGGUCCCGAUCAUCCCGCUCCCGUAGUCGCUCACGUUCUGAGUCCAGAUCCAGGUCACAGAGUCGAUCCAGGUCAUCUAAAAGUCGUUCUGGCUCCCGAUCCAGAUCCCGCUCUCGUUCACCCACAAAGCGGCAUCAUGGCACCAAGUCUCGGAGCCCCUCCCCUUCAUCCUCUUCAGCUUUGGUGUCUCCCCCCUCCAAAGUGACUGGAAAUGUCAGGUUAGGAGAGGAGAACAAGGGCCAUCAGCUCCUGAUGAAAAUGGGUUGGAGUGGCACCGGGGGCCUGGGGGCCAAAGAACAAGGCAUCCAAGACCCUAUCAAAGGAGGUGAUGUUCGGGAUAAGUGGGACCAGUACAAAGGUGUUGGGGUCUCACUAGAUGAUCCUUAUGAGAACUAUCGCAGGAACAAGAGCUACAACUUUGUUGCUCGCAUGAAGGCGAGAGAGGAAGUGAACAGAGAACCUCAGGAGGCUCCUCCAACUGACUGAGGUCAUCAGAGAACAUCAGCACCUCAUCUCUUCAGUGUCCCGGUUCAAUUUCUUCAUCCAUGGUUCCUGUCAUCACGAUUCCUCCAGUUUUCCACUGGUCUGCACCGUCCUGGGUUCAGUUUCUGGGUCAGCGUUAAACCAGAGUCUGUCCGGGCUGGUUGGUGAAGGAUGUCUCAAAACAGAAUUCAGUGAGACGGAACCGAAUAUUCACGUUUUUCACAACAUUGAGUCUCCAACAACCACGGCACAAUUACAUACCACCUUUAGAGAAGUGAUGAUCUCACAGGAAGCAGCACUGUCAUUUUUCACAUAAUCCACUUUUCUGUCAGUUUUAUAACAGACUCAACUUCAAAUCUUGUUCCAGAGAAAAUGAGACUAGAAUGAACAUUAACUCUGUUCCAACUUUCUUUACAUAAUGACUUUUAAAACUAGACAAAUAUUCUUUAAGGUUUCUUUUAAAUAAUUGAAAUCAGAAAAAUGUCGUAUUUGACCCUCGUGAUUCAACUCUUGAGUUUAGUGGAAUGUUCAGCAGACCGUCUUUAUGUUUCUCACAAACAACUAGAAGCUCACUCAUAGAAGUUUUUAUUUUUAAAUGUGCUCAUUAGGUGACAUUUGUGUUA